CGCAACGAACGAUACCCCAUUGCAACCCACCGUACACACCCCUCGCCAUGGCGAAGAAAGCCCUCGCCAAAGACCAGAUUGUCAAACUCAUCGUGGGCGCAGGCCAAGCGUCGCCCUCGCCGCCCGUCGGUCCCGCACUAGGAAGUAAAGGUGUGAAGAGCAUGGAUUUCUGUAAAGAAUUUAACGCCCGCACCGCCCACUACACCCUCGGUACCCCCAUCCCCGCGCGCGUCACCGUCCGCCCGGACCGCUCCUUCCACUUCGAGCUGCGCACGCCGCCCACCGCGACCCUCCUCCUGACGGCCGCGGGCGUGAUGCCCACCAAGAACAAGAUCAAGGGCGCCGGCAACGUGCCGGGGCCGAUGAACAACGCGGAAGGCGCGCGGGGGAAGCAAACCUCUGCCUCGCCGACGGUCGGCAAUGCGGUGGUCGGGACCGUGGGGAGCGUGAGCUUGAAGCACAUCUACGAGAUUGCGAAGAUUAAGCAGAGCGAGACGCGGUUGAGUGUGAUGGGGCUGGAGAGUUUGGCGAAGUGUGUCGUGGCGCAGGCGGCCAGUAUUGGGGUUGUGGUAGUGCCGUAGGAGACGGGGGUGGGAAAAGCAUGGGAUGGCGUUUAUGUUUUGGGAAUACCAGCAGUCGGGGCUUGAGUUUGGAGCGUCAGCUAAGGCUGGGGGUUGAGUGGAUUGUUGUAUCAUAUGUACGCUGUAUAAAGAUCAUUAGAGAGAUUAGGAAAUAUCAGAUAUCUCAAUGCUGCAUAAUCGACACACACAUAAGGUCUCAUUUACGG